UCACCGCUGUUUACUAAUACAACCCAAAAUUGUUUCCAACCGCUGGGUUAUUUAAAAUUAGUCUCAGUCACUGCCACACUAUAUUUACGUGCGACCAUCAAGCUACCGAGCUGACGCGUCCUUCAAUCAGACAUCGCCAACGUAUUCCUAAACAAUACGUGAAAAAGGAAUAAGACAUGUGGAAGGAAGUGUCAGUGUUUAUCGUCCUCUCGCUGGCCAUAGUUGUGGUAACCGGGGACCCCUGCAACCGUAACGGCGUAGACGGAUGUAGCAUCCCUGGUACACUCCCCCCUAUCUACAAGCGGAAAUUCACGUCAGCAUGCAACAGACACGACAUAUGUUACUUCUGUGGAAGCUACAAACGAGUCAAUCGAGGUAACUGCGAUAGCCGGUUCCGGCGCAAUAUGAUCAAGAAGUGUGACUGGUGGAACCCAUAUUGUAAACGAGUGGCCAUGGUCUAUUACCUCGUAGUCAGGGCUAAAGGCAGCGAGCACUACAACAAGCAGUCACCAUCUUGGUGUAGCGAGAGCUGGGUUCCCAGAUGCAUGGGAUAAGCCAUUCAUUGUGAAGCAUGGUCGUACAAAACAGGGAGAUAACUCUCGGUUUCAGUUUCCUCUGGACAGUAAACAAAG